GAGUAGCAGAGCAGACAAUAGAAUUGAGUUUAGUUGAGCUUCGAAGAAAAUAAGGAUGAAACUGGGUGGAAUCAAAUCGGUGGAGAACGCGCACGAUGAUUCCGUGUGGGCGGUCACAUGGGUACCCGCAACCGCCAACCGCCCACCGCUCCUCCUAACCGGUUCCCUCGACGAGACCGUCAGGCUCUGGCGCUCCGACGACCUCCUUUUGGACCGCACCAACACCGGCCACUGCCUUGGCGUCGCCUCCGUCGCUGCCCACCCUCUAGGCUCCCUCGCCGCCUCAUCUUCCCUCGACAGCUUCGUCCGCGUCUUCGAUGUGGAUUCCAAUGCCACCGUCGCCACCCUCGAGGCCCCUCCCUCCGAAGUCUGGCAAAUGCGCUUCGAUCCCAAGGGUUCUAUUCUAGCAGUUGCUGGUGGGGGUAGUGCAUCAGUCAAGCUUUGGGACACUUCAACAUGGGAACUUGUUGCCACCUUAUCAAUUCCCCGUCCAGAAGGACCCAAGCCCACAGACAAGAGUGGUAGCAAGAAAUUUGUGCUGUCAGUUGCAUGGAGUCCUGAUGGGAAGCGACUUGCUUGUGGUUCGAUGGAUGGCACCAUUUCUGUUUUUGAUGUUCCACGUGGAAAAUUUUUACAUCACCUUGAAGGUCACUUCAUGGCCGUGCGGUCUCUUGUUUAUUCUCCUUAUGAUCCAAGGGUACUGUUUACAGCAUCGGACGAUGGUAACAUCCACAUGUAUGAUGCCGAGGGGAAAGCUUUAGUUGGGACCAUGUCAGGUCACGCUAGUUGGGUACUUUGUGUGGAUGUGAGCCCAGAUGGGGCGGCCAUUGCCUCAGGUUCAAGUGAUAGAUCGGUAAGGCUAUGGGAUCUUAGCAUGAGGGCAUCUGUGCAGACAAUGAGCAACCAUACAGACCAGGUAUGGGGAGUAGCUUUUAGACCACCUGGGGGGAGUGAUGCGCGAGGUGCUCGUCUUGCUAGUGUAUCUGAUGACAAGACCAUUUCACUUUAUGAUUAUUCCUGAUUUAGACAUUCCGCCCUCUAUUUGUACUCUUUCUGGAAGCUUAUAAUCUCGUUAUUGCUUUGCCCACAACUUUAUUUAUUUUCAAUUCAAGGAAAUGCAUGCUUCUACAUGCUCUAUCCUUUAUUCA